ACCUGGAUCAUACAAAUAAAUUUACCUAAACGAUUUAAGAUAGCUCAAAUUUUAGCUUCUGAUCUUCAUACAAUUAGAGAAAAAUGGAGUGCUGUUAUAGUCCCACAACAAACCCAUCAUUCUCGUCCUUCAAGUUCCUUGAUUGUGAGAGCUUUUCAUCUACAAGAUUUUCUAGGAGUAGGUUGUCAUCACCAAGACUUUCUAAUCCAUUUCUUAAAGUAAAUGACAGAAUUAACCCCAUCUCUCAUCAACAUAAUAUAUAUUAUUCGAGAACCUACAAGAAGACCAUAUACGCAGAAUCUCGAAAUCAAGGUUGGGACUUUGGCAGAUUUGUGAAGACAUUGUACUUCUUUAAUGGACCUCCAUCACCUAUUAAGAUCUUCGAAAGUGUAAUUGCGAGUUUCUCGAGUCCAUCAGGUAGCGAAGCUGAAAAGUCAAUGGAUGCGUCUGGAAUAAUUUUAGUGGCGGGUGCUACUGGUGGUGUUGGGAGAAGAGUAGUUGAUGUCUUGCGCAAGAAAGGCUUGCCCGUUAGAGUACUGGUCAGAAAUAAAGAGAAAGCAGAAAAAAUGCUAGGCCCGGAUAUCGAUCUGGUUGUUGGAGAUAUAACAAAAGCAAGCACUCUGCUUCCUGAUUACUUCAAAGGAGUUAAGAAAGUGAUUAAUGCGGUUUCAGUCAUCGUUGGUCCAAAAGAAGGAGAUACACCUGAUCGAGCCAAAUACAGUCAAGGGAUCAAAUUCUUUGAACCAGAGAUAAAGGGCGAUUCCCCUGAAAUGGUGGAGUACAUUGGAAUGCAAAAUCUAAUUAAGGCAUUAAAGGACAAUGUUGGACUUAGAAGUGGGAAAUUAGUCUUUGGCUUUGAAGAUGGUUCAUCGAGAGUCUUGCCUUGGGGUGCGUUAGAUGAUGUUGUGAUGGGAGGAGUUAGUGAAAGUUCCUUCCUAAUAGUCCCAAACGGUAGUGAAACCGGUGGUCCAACAGGUCUUUUUAAAGGUAUUGUUUCCACAGCAAACAAUGGGGGUUUUACUAGUAUCAGGACCAAGAACUUUGACGUGGCGGAAAAUCUGUGUGGAUAUGAUGGUUUGGAGUUGAGGGUUAAAGGUGAUGGGCGUCGUUAUAAGCUUAUUGUUCGCACUAGUCGUGAUUGGGAUACGGUCGGUUAUACGAUUGGUUUUGACACUGUUAAAGACCAAUGGCAAUCUAUACGGUUGGCAUUUUCUUCUUUAAGACCGGUAUUUCGGGCAAAAACGGUGGUAGAUGCCCUAGCCUUUGAUCCAAGUCAAAUCAUAUCAUUACAGCUAAUGUUCAGCAAAUUUGAAUACGAUGGGAAACUGAAUCCGACUUUUGUAGAAGGUCCCUUUGAGCUUCCAGUAUCAAGCAUACGUGCAUAUAUAGCGGAUCCCAUCACUCCAAGAUUGGUGCAUGUGGGAUCUGCAGGGGUGACACGACCUGAAAGACCUGGACUUGAUCUAAGUAAACAACCACCAGCUGUCAGAUUGAACAAAGAACUUGGAUCCAUUCUAACAUUCAAAUUGAAGGGCGAGGAUUUGAUAAGGGAAAGUGGGAUUCCGUAUACAAUAGUCAGGCCUUGUGCACUAACUGAGGAACCUGCAGGAGCUGACCUCAUAUUUGAUCAAGGAGACAAUAUCACAGGGAAGAUAUCGAGAGAAGAGGUUGCUAGAAUUUGUGUUGCUGCUCUUGAAAGCCCGUAUGCAUGUGACAAGACCUUUGAGGUGAAGUGUGUGGUACCGUUUAGCGAACAAUACACAGUGGACCCUGAAAACCCACCACCUGAGAAGGACUAUGACGUUUACUUUAAAUCUUUAAAAGAUGGCAUCACGGGGAAAGAAAUGCUGGAAAGGACACCUGUUUCUGUGUAAAUGGUAUUCAUGAUUUCUUAAGAAUCAAUGUCCUCUAAUCUUUUCUAAAUCCAUCUAUUACACUAGGAAACUUUAUUAUAUGUUUGUAAUUCUCGUGGUACUAAACUGUAACAU